AUGUAUCCGUUUUCUGAUGCCACUACCAUCACCUCAACAGGUACACACACGUAUACCGCGAACUUUCCAAAAGAUUACUGCAUUGGCUCAGCACAGCUACACUUUGCUACAACCUUGGCCAAGCAGAAUCAACCUCAUACCAUGUCAAUGCAUCUGGAGUUUCUCAGACGUACUAGUAUUGGACCUGCUCUGUUCAACGUCAGAGAUGUGAAGAUAGGCCGAGGCACUUCGGUCAUUCAUGUCACUCUAUUCCAAGANGGGGGCGACCGCGAAGAAGUGGCUGCCUACAUUACGAACAGCAAUCUUGCCACAGAAGAAGGCACUUCUUUCCCUACAGGCUGGAAAUUGGAGCCCGCGCCUCCUCCCGCCAAUGUCUCCGCACUGAAAUCUGGCACCGAUGAUACUUGGAAAGAGCAGAAAUCCAUGCCUUUCGCCAUCUUCCGCCGUGCAAGCCAACACGUCAACUUCUACUUCCCUAGACAAGGUCAACGUAUGCGCAGUCUAGCGGAUCAAUGGAUGUGCUUCAGCAAUGGCGAACGUUUCACCAACACCAGCCUGGGCUAUGUGUCCGACAUGUUCCCUCAAAUCCUCGAGAGCUAUCGUACAGGCAGCGACCCAUAUGCUGUUGAGCCUCUACGUGACGCCAAGGAGAUCAACGAGCUGGCCUCUCAACAAAAGGGCUUCUCUUCCGCCUGGUAUCCCACUCUGCUGCUGAAUCUUGACAUCAAGAAAGUUUUACCUGAGGAAGGUGUCGAGUUCUUGUUCCUCAGAGUUCGCGCAAAGCAGAUCAAGAAUGGCAGGUACGACCUGGAAGUUGUCAUCAUGGACGAUACUGGAGAUAUCGUUGCGCUUAGCCACCACGUCUGCAUGGUCAUGUCGGCCCAGAGGAAUCUGCAGGCAAGAUCGAAGCCGGCGGAAAAGCCGAGCAAGCUCUGA